AUGUCUUUGCCAUGGUCAUUAUUCGCUUGCUGGUCAAUUAUCCUCUCUUUACUUUCCAAACGCAUUGGCGCGACUUCGACCAACCGGACGAUCGACGACUACUACGGAGAUUCAGUGACAGGUCUUCUGCCGGUUUACUCAGACAACUGGAACUAUGGACCAACCUGUUCAGUCUGUGAAGCUCAGCCGGCUGCAAACCUGACAUUUGAUGCAUCCUGGCACGAUGCAAACUCAAACUCGCCGUCCAACUCAACAGUUCAUACCAUCACUCUGUCGUUCACCGGAACUGCCAUCUGGGUCUACGGCAUCAUGCUGAACAGUUUCCCCUCACCGACCGUCACUCUCACCAACGUCAGCUUUACCUUGGAUGGCGCGGCAUCGGGGAGAUUCGUGCAUGUGCCGCAUCCUAAGACCGAGGAGCUCGAAUACAAUGUCACAAUCUACAACAAGACGGAGCUGGAGAACGCGGAGCACACGCUGGUGAUGACGGUGAUGCAGGAUCCGAAUCCGUCUGUCCUUCUUUUCGAUUGGGCUAUGUACACGUGA